CAGUGCGUGUAGGGGGACGUGGAGCUGCGGGAGGGCUCCUGGCAUCCCUUGGCUGGUGCAGGGCAGCCGAGGUUGGUCAUCUCCCUCUUCACCCUUCCACCCCCUCAGUCCCCUAUCGAGUUCUUCCCCUGAGGCUCCUGCACGAGUUGGCGUUGGCGAAGUCACCAAAAUGACGCCUCCCACUGGCGCCCGCUGGGCUGGGAAACCUCGGUCGGGAUCGCCUCUGCACCUUCAUACACCUGUUUUGACUCCCAUAAUCUUGGCCCCUCAAAGCCAGGCUUUGCCGAGGAGCCUUGCUGGCUUGAUCUCACCUCUUCCUGUGACCCAGGGGGGUGUGGAGGAUGAGGGUGCUCUGCCCUGCAGAACGCGGGGUCACUUCUCACCAUACUCUCUCCCUCCCUCUCGUCCUUCCUUUCUUUAUGUUCCCCCAACUCCGGGGUCUACCCCUAAAUUCCCAGGGCUGCAUUCUCACAGUAGUCCCCUCUUCAAUCAGGUAGAGGGUUUCCCCGGGCCUGGGAGAAGCCUUCGGGUAUGAGAGGGACGCUGGCACCAGGGACCCUGGGGGGCCCGGCUUCCGUGGUCGUGAAGGCGGGGACAGGGACCAGGACCCGGAGCGGCCGGAUUGGUCGAUCGGGCCCGAGGCGCGAUGGUCCCGCCCCCUGGUUGCCAUGGCCCAGCCUAUCCGCGUCCAGGUGGGCCUUGGUCGCCAGGUGGCUGUGUGUGGGGGGUGCUGGGCAGGUGUGUGUGCGCGGGUGGGGGGAGGCCGGGUCAGGGACCCCGAGGACUUCCCUUGAACCCCCUCCUGUGCGGUGUCUGAGGUCCUCAGCCGCAGCCGCGGUCACAAGCCUCCCCGGACCUCCGAGAAGCCGCGCCUCCCCCCAACGCGCGCUCCUCCAUUCCCAGCGCGCUCCCGCCUCCUCCCGGGUCUGCAUCGCGCGCGCGCGCCCCUGUCUCCCCAGCCCGCGUUCGAGGGGCGGGCUCGGCUCCUGGCGCCGCCGCCCGAAGCCCCCUCCCCUCGCCUUCUCGGCGCUCUCGGCCUCCGCGGCGCUCCCACCCAGCCCCACCCCAGGCGACCCAGUGUGGAGCAGCGGGAGCCGGAGCCGGAGGUGCGGGAUGGACAAGAGGGACAAGGCCAGGGCAGGGGCCGCCGCGCGGACGCCGGCUUCUCGCCCUCCUGGCCUUCCGACUCCCAGGCCCCCAGGGUCUCCUCGACCCCCUCCUCCCGUAACCAGCGCGGCCCUCCGAGUUCUGGGGGCAGCGGGAGCUGCGGGGCGAGGGCCCCUGGCGGAGCGAGCCGGCAUCCGGGGAGCCGCUCUCCCCGAGGCUGCUCCCCGCGUGGGACCAGCGCGGAGCGCCGGGACAGGCCCCCGGAGCCCAGCUUCCAGGGCCCCCGCUGCUGGGAGAGGGGAGCGGACCCCUGCCAAGACCUCCGGCCCAGUCUCUGUCUCUAGCCCGGGGCGCACCAGCGGGACCACCAGGCUAGGCCCUCUUGGGCAGAAGGGCCUCCGGCCCCCAGCUGAGGAACCUGCGGCCAGAGGAAAAGCCCCAGAAACGCCUAGAAGGAGCGCCCUGAGCGCCGGGGCACGGAGAGACUCCUCUGGGUCCACCCCAGGUGCCCCUUCCCCGACCAUCUCCCGUCGGUCCCGGGCUGCGGGCGCUGAGGUGGGUCUCCCUCGGGCAGCUCCCAGUGCCCGGCCUCGGCCUCCCACCGAGGCCCCCAGGAAAUCAGUGAGCAGCGCCCCGGAGCGCAGCACAGCGGAGUCGAGCCCUGCCGCCAGGAGGCGACCCAACGCCGGCGGGGGACUCCAGAGGCCAGCCUCGCGCCCCCUGGGCUCCAGCGCCACCCCUCUGUCAUCCCCAGCCCGCUCCGGGGCCUCGCUGGGUGGAACACCGCGGGCUCUGGUGCAUCCCUUGCAACCCAAGACGAAAGGGCUGCAGGCUCUGCGCCCCCCACAGGCCACGCCCCCAAGGAGGGGCGUAGCCCCUGGGCAAGGCCUUUCUCCUCCUCUGGCCACACCCACUCCAGCCUGUCCCACUGCACAACUGGCACCGCCUCCCCACAUCACAGCCACGCCCCUCCCGGACGCACUCCCUGUGUCUCCACCGACCACGCCCCCUUCCCAGGUCCUUACCUGUCCUUUGGCCACGCCCCUUCCACUAGCCCCUCCUUCUCCCUCUGCUCCACCCUCUCUGCAGACCCUCCCUUCCCCGCCGGCCACACCCCCUUUGCAAGCUCCACCCACACCCCUGGGUACAUCCUUUCCGGAGGCAUCUGCCUCUGCCUUGGCCACGGCCACUGUUCAGGUUCCAUUCUCUCCAUCGGUUUCACCCCCUCUGCAGAGUAUGCCCCCUACUCAGGCUUCCCCUGCUUUGCCCCCUCUUCUGACUCUCCCCUCUCCCUCGGCCACACCUUCUUUCUCGGCUCCUCUACCACCAGCCGCGCCCCCUCUACAAACCUCUCUUUCUCAAGCAACAUCUUUGCGGAACCCUCCUUCUCCCCUAGCCACACCCCCUCUGCAGGGGCUUUCCGCUCUGCCCACGCCCCCUCCGCGGGCCAGUCCUUCCCUCUCUCCGCCGCCUCUUCGGGCCACGCCCCAUACAUUGGCCACACCUCCCAUGCAGGACUCUCCGCAGGCUUCUCCCUCUUCUCUGACCACACUCUUUCUGCAGUGUCCUCCUCCUCUAGGCUCUCCAUCUCCCUUGGCAUCCCCACCUCCCUCUCCUCUGUCCACGCCCCCCCUACAGGCCACUCCCUCCCCUCUGACCCUUCCCCCUAUACAGGCCUCACAUUCCCUGGCCUUGCCACCUCUGCAGGCCCCGCCCUCUCCAUUGGCCAUGCCCCUUCCACACUCUCCACCUUCUCGGACCACGCCCCCUCUACAGGCCACUCCCUCUCCUCUGACCCUGGCCCCUAUACAGGCCCCACCUUCUCUGACCUUACCGCCUCUGCAGGCCACACCCUCUCCUCAGGCCAUGUCCCCUCCGCAGGCUCCACCUUCUCUGGCAUCUCCCCCUCUGAAGACCAUGCCUUCUUACCUGGCUAUGCCUCCUUUGCAAACCCAACCCUCUGUGGCCUCCGCCAGUCUGCGAGACCCUCCGUCUCCCCUGGCCACGCCCCCUCCACAGGCUCCAUCUUCUCUAGCCUCGCCACCCUUGCAGGCCCCUCCCUCUCCCCCUGCCUCACCUCCUCUGCAGGCCCUGCCCUCUCCCCUGGCCACGCCCCCUAUUCAGGCUCCACCUUCUCUGGCCUUGCCUCCUCUGCAGGCCCCUCCCUCUCCCCCUGCCUCACCCCCUCUGCAAGAUCCCCCCUCUCCCCUGGCCACAGCCCCUCCGCAGGCUCCUCCUUCUCUGGCCUUGCCCCCUCUGCAAGCCCCACCUUCUCCUGCCUCACUCCCUCUGCAAGACCCUCGCUCUUCCAUGGCCACGCCCCCGCCGCAGGCUCCACCUUCCCUGGCUUUGCCCCCUCUGCAGGCCCCGCCCUCUCCCCCCGCCUCACCCCCUCUGCAGGCCCUUCGCCGUCCCCCGACCCCAGGCCCCGAUGCCCCUCUCCCGGGCCCACGGCUGACCCUGGCGCUGGCCCCGGGCCCACCGCCGCCGCCCUCGCGCAGCCCGUCCAGUACGCUGAGCGGCCCGGACCUCGCGGGCCACAGCAGCAGCGCCACGAGCACGCCCGAGGAGCUGCGCGGCUACGACAGCGGGCCCGAGGGCGGCGCCGCGGCCUCCCCGCCCGCCGACGCGGAGCUCGCCGCCUGCCACCCGGCCGCCUGGAGCCGAGGGCCCGCUCCGCCCCUGGCCGUCCGCGGUGCACAAGGAGCGCCCCUGCCUUGGCCUCCUGCUACCGGGUCGGGCUCCGCUGACGGCCUGUGCACCAUCUACGAGGCUGAAGGGCCCGAGUCGGCGACCCCCGCCCCAGGCGCCCUGGACGCGGGGCCGGGGCCUGGCGCCGGGGGUGGGAAGGCGGGGGCGGGGCCGGGGGCCGGGGCUGCCUCUCGGGGCGCGAAGCCGGCGCGCCUGGGCGAGCUGCCGCUGGGGGCGCUGCAGGCGAGCGUCGUGCAGCACCUGCUGAGCCGGACGCUGCUGCUGGCGGCCGCCGAGGGCGCCGCGGGAGGCAGCGGCGGUGGCCCAGGGGGCGCCGGGGCUGGCGGCGUCGCGGGGGGCGCCCGGACGGCUCUCAGCGACGCCGAACUGGGCCGCUGGGCCGAACUGUUGUCUCCCCUGGACGAGUCCCGUGCCAGCAUCACCUCGGUCACCAGCUUCUCCCCUGACGAUGUGGCUUCCCCGCAGGGUGACUGGACCGUGGUAGAGGUGGAGACCUUCCACUGAGCCAGAGCCUAGCUCCGCCCACCGCACCCACCCCUGGCUUAGGGCCCGCCCCUCCGGUUACGCCUGUCUUAGACCCCUCUCCCCUCCUGGAGUUCGGCUCCGGGGGGAUCUCUCUCAGCCCCCUGGAGCCCUAGACUUUUGGCCCAGGCUCGCGACCCUCCCACACCGUUGACCUCGGUCCUCCCCUCGAGCCCCGCCCCCUCGGCUUAGGCCCCGCCCCAUGUCCAGUAUAGUGUCCACCACGCACGCCCGAGUUUGCAAUAAAGCUGGGACACUGCAGCCUGUGCAUCCUCGCCGUUGCCGCAGGGACCGGGACUGUGGGGCCUCCCGGGGGCCGAGCAGAGGGCAGGGCGGCGCGAGGGGAAAGGCCCAGGCCGAGCUGGCGGCUAUGCGCGAGCAGAUCGUAGCUGUGGCUGCAGGCCUUUCCGCACGCCCGGCCGUGCGGCUUCUCCACUGAGGAUGGGGCGCGUGAGGUGGAGCUGGGGUGGGACCGAGCGCUGCCGAGUCUCCGUGCGUGAACGUGGGCGUUUUCACGUCCUGCUUCUGGUGGAAACGUUAGGCGCAGGAGGGGCUCCCCGUGGGGCCGCGUGACCGAGUGGACAACGAUCGAAGCUUUUCCCACAGUGGGCCAGGGGAGCCGGCGCUCCUGGAGGCAGGGGGAAGACACGUGGGGAGGGCUCGCUUGAGUCGGAGGCGAGGGUGGGGACCCUUCCUGAGGUCCCUCCUCACGGAGUGCACCCCCCCCACCCCCGUACCUUGCACGCCCUGAGGUGCGGGGGUGGCGAUGGCGAUCUGGGUUCCCUCCCAGCCUCCCAACCCUGCGCACACUGCCCUCCGCUCCCCGAGGAGGCUGCAGUGCAAAAGGCAGGCCUGCAGCUGGGCCCGAGGCUCGUUAGAAGGACCCGGUGUGGGGUGUAGGGUCCUCACAGGAUUCCUUGUCCCCGGGGGCCAGCUGCACCCAGAGAGGCCUGCAGGCAAGGAGCAGCCCCUCCCAAGGCUGGGUGGGAGACCAGGAAGUCCUCACAUUGCCCCCUCCUCUCCAGGUGUCCUCUCUAGGUCCCUCUGUGUCUCCCAACCCAUGGGCUUCCCCUCUCCCCUCAACUUAGGGUGUCCCCCCCAAGCUCCUCACUAGAGCCGACCAAUGUCGUCGCUUGUCUCCCCUAUCAGAAUUCCUUGCCCUUCCUCCCACAGCCCAGUCACCUUGACCCUGGAACCCUCAAGCCCCAGCCAGGGCCGUCCUCCCCAAGGGCCCCCGCUGGGCCUUGCUCCCCAAGGGUCUCCUGCUUCACACCAAGAAUGACGCAGGCCCGGCAGGGACCACAAUCACCAGGGCAGGUAAAAGGACAGAGUGGCACCCGGUGCUGGGCCCUCGGCACUGUCACUGCCCCUAGAUCCGGGCCCCGCAGCGCACUCUGUAGCCAGGUUUCUGUCAGACACGGAUCACCAAGUCUUGCCUGCCCCCACCCAGACGUGGCCACCUCCCAGCCUCGGGUCCAGGGCGAAAUCAGCCCUGUCCCAGGGGGGCACUGCCACCUCCACCCUGGGAGCCGGUGCUGGGGCCGGGGGCAACAGCAUGCUCCCUCACUCCAGCUCCGAGUUCAGUGGCAAUCCAGAGGGUCCCUUCCUAGUUGGGCCCUGGGGAGGACCCAGGUGUCCUUGUUUCCAGACUCUGAGACAAGCCCAAGGGGUUGGGUUGACCCCUGACACACUGGGCAGCCGGGCUCUCAAGGCCAGCCCCCAAGAAGGAGCAGGGCAGAGCCUCAGAUGUUCCACCCUAGGACCCUACCCCUCCCUGGGGAACCAGCUGGGACGGAAUUACUCCCUGGGGCAGGAGAGACAGGUGGCAACUGUCGGGGUCUCAGUGUUCAAUCUGUGAGAUGUGAAUGGUGCAUGGGCCCAUAGAAGCUGUCACGUGAUGGGACAGUACACGGGACUUGGGUGUCCCAGUGCAUAGCCAGCAUCCUG